GAGCAGGAGAGCGCGUUGUGUCGGAGGGGAGGGGCGUUGUGAGAGUGUCAGUGAGCGUGUUGAGGCCCAGGGCUGCCCUGCGCCCACCUCGGCCUGUGCCCCCCUUGGCCUGCGCCCCCUCUGCCCGGCGCCCCUGGCCGGGGGACCAUGCCCUCCGUGGGCGCAGACGACCAGCCGGAGCGAGAACGUCUGAGGGUGGAGGUGGAGCAGCUGAGGAGGGAGGCCAAGCUGCAGCGUCAGCAGGUUUCCAAGUGCUCGGAGGAGAUCAAGAACUACAUCGAGGAGCGAGCCCGCGAGGACCCGCUGGUCAGGGGCGUCCCUGACGAUAAGAACCCGUUCCGGGAGAAGGCCGGCUGCUGCGUGUCGUGACCACGUCCAGCCCAACCCCCAGCCCGAGCCCGCAGAACCCAACAGCCGGACCCCAGACGGGGCGGGCCGGGCCAGGCCGAACCACCCCACCGCCAGGGCUGGGGACGUUCACGUCUGUCCCAGUGGCCGGCCACCCACCCUAGGCCCUCCACUCCCGGGGAAGGGCCUAACUGGGGUGGUCUGGUGGGCGGCUAUGGACAGGGUGGAGGACCCUCCCCUGGGGGCCGGGGUGACUCUGAGUUAGCAGGGAAUAAAGUCCU